GCUGAUCUGCUGUCGGCAUAGCUAGCUUAGCUGUUUUCUUUAGCUUAGCAUUUCUGACUAGCUUUCGCCAACUUGAAUAAAAAGAAAGCCUCAUUAACUCGGAAUAAUUAAUUACAUUGUGUAUGUUAUGUUGUAAAUAUGAAUUGUUUCUAGGUAUACUUAAUAAAGUUUUGAAUGUGUUAGCGUAGUUGUUUAAAUAACCGUAUUAGUUUAGCCGAGUUAGCUUGCUCUAUCACGCCCCUUUAGCUCUGCUAACUGGCUAACUUUAAGGUUUCCGUCAAAUCCAGGUCAAACUUGUCAUCUAAACUAUAACAUUUAACAUCUCGUAAAGUUUAAAGAUUUAUUAUAUAAACACACUCGCUUGCUUUACUAUUGUUACAUCUGUACUGUGAAUUUCUACGUUUGGAGACGGAUUUUCCGGUGAAGCUGGCGACACCGAGCAUUUGUUAAACAAGUCAUUUGCCUCCCACCCCCGUGGUGCGAGCAGCCAGACCUCGUUUUUAAGCGCAGCUCACACACAGCUACAGGAGUUUCAGCGAUGUCUGAAGAAGGGAAACAGGCUCCUGCGGCGGCGUCCGCCGUAGAGGUCAAGGCCGAGCCGACGGCCUCUGUGCAGACCGCUCCUGGGGUCUCCUCGGUGUCUCCCCCGGUGUCGGCCGUAACACAGGCUCCGCCGGCGGCUAUCCCACCGGCUGAGGAUGAGGAGGAGGAGAGUGAAGACGAGUCCGAGAUAUUGGAGGAGAGCCCGUGUGGACGCUGGCAGAAACGCAGAGAGGAGGUCAACCAGCGUAACGUUCCAGGCAUAGACAAUGCUUACCUGGCCAUGGACACAGAGGAGGGUGUGGAGGUCGUCUGGAACGAGGUCAUGUUUUCAGAAAGAAAAAACUUCAAACUACAGGAGGAAAAAGUGAAAGCAGUUUUUGAUAACCUGAUUCAGCUGGAGCAUUUAAACAUUGUGAAGUUUCACAAGUACUGGGCUGAUGUGAAGGAGAACAGAGCCAGAGUUAUUUUCAUAACAGAGUACAUGUCCUCCGGGAGUCUCAAGCAGUUUCUGAAGAAGACCAAGAAAAAUCACAAGACCAUGAAUGAAAAGGCAUGGAAGCGUUGGUGUACUCAGAUAUUAUCUGCUUUAAGUUACCUGCAUUUAUGUGACCCACCCAUCAUUCACGGGAAUCUGACCUGUGACACCAUCUUCAUACAGCACAAUGGCCUCAUCAAGAUCGGCUCAGUUGCUCCAGCCACCAUCAAUAACCACGUUAAAACAUGUCGGGAGGAACAGAAGAGCUUGCAUUUCUUUGCUCCAGAAUAUGGAGCUGUUGCCAACGUCACCACCGCAGUGGACAUUUAUUCCUUCGGAAUGUGUGCCUUAGAAAUGGCUGUUCUGGAAAUCCAGAGUAAUGGAGAGUCAUCGUAUGUGCCUCAAGAAGCCAUUAACAGUGCCAUCCAGUCUUUAGAGGACCCCCUCCAGAGAGAGUUUAUUCAGAAGUGUUUGGAGGUGGAUCCCUGUAAGAGGCCCACGGCUAAAGAGCUGCUUUUCCACCAGGCACUGUUUGAGGUUCCUCAGUUAAAGCUGCUCGCUGCACACUGCAUAGUCAGUCACCAACACAUGAUCCCUGAGAAUGCUUUAGAGGAAAUUACCAAGAACAUGGACCAAAACCUGGUGAUCAUGGAGAGGAAGGAAGUUCAGCUGAAGCUUUCUCAGUUUCCUGCUCUGGAACUGGACAAGUUCCUAGAAGACGUGAGGAAUGGGAUUUAUCCACUGACUGCUUUUGGAGUGCCCUGCCAACAGCAACCUCAGCAAGAAGCAGUCAAGUCCCCCAUCGUGCCACCUUCUGUGAAAUCACCCACCCCCGAACCUGCUGAACUCGAGACCAGAAAGGUGCUUCAGAUGCAGUGCAACAUUGAGCCUGUGGAGGAAGGAGCAAAACAUCAUCUGACCUUGCUACUCAAGCUGGAAGAUAAGCUAAACAGACACUUGAGUUGUGAUUUGGCGCCAAAUGAGAACGUGCAGGAGCUGGCCGUGGAGCUGGUCCAGCUCGGCUUCAUCAGUGAGGGCGAUCAGCCACGUCUCGCCACCGUGCUGGAGGAGGCCUUCACGAAGUACUACAACCGUAACGGCUCUCUGAAUCCCGUCACCGUCUCCUCGUAGCGGCGGGCUCUCGUACCCCCACCGCCGCCGAUCCCCACCCCACACACGGGACACGAUUAGAGUUCGAUCGCUCGGGAGCCGAGCGAAAGCUUUGCAUGGACGGAUCGGUAGACCUCGACUCACGCUGUCCUUCACUUCUCUGGGCGGCCGAAGCGGUCGCCUGAUGUCUGUGACAUUUAUUCUCUCCGUGUAGCCAUCUGCUUCUCUGUUUUAAAAGAAGAAAAUGAGAAUGAAAUCGUUCGUCAGUAUUAUGAGCUGUGUUUUUUUUUUUUUUUUUUUUUUUGGAACUUCUUUUUUUUCUUACAAUAUCAAUGGGAUGGGUCAUUUUUUUUUAUUCUUAAAGCCCCUUUCUGUCCUCGUUUUUGUAGCACAGUGUGUACAUAAUGUUGCAUCAAGUAUGAAUUGAUCUCACUGGCUCUCACGUUUGGUCUCUUCUUAUUCUCUUUUAAUGAGAAGAUCCCCUCCCGGCAUUUACGGCUUCAAUAAGUUCUCAUGUCCUCAUGAAGGUGCAAUAAUCACGUUUUUUCUUCUUAUCUAAAUGCAGUCUGAAGAUUAAAAAUUCGGUUCAAGCAUUAAAAUAUCAUCGCUGUGUAGUCCUGCAGCUGAUGUGUACAUAUGGUACGUCCAGUUUCUGUUACAAGUGCUGUCGGUGCGUAAAAUCUUAAUAAGCAUCGUAAUAAUAACGUAUUUUACAAGCUGUGGUUAAACGACGACCUGCAAUGCAAAUUCACGUUAGCCAAUACUGUGAAAGAAAGGGGGCGUCAGUGUUCGGGAGGAGGGGAGCGGAAUAUUUAUCUUCAUUAUAUACAUUAAGAUUUGAAGCGUGUUUUACUUUACGCAUUGUGAAUGUACGCUCUCGUUUGCUGUAUCAUUUCUCAGUUUUGAGGUGCGAUGAAAGGACACGGGGGGGGGGGGGG